AUGUCUGUUCCCGAAUCUGAGUAUCUCAGUCCUGUCUGGAAGGAUGGCAUCUUCAAUGGACGCGUCGUCUUUGUCACAGGCGGCGCAGGAAGUAUCUGCAGCAUGCAAACCCGAGCAUUAGUUCGUCUCGGUGCGAAUGCAUGCAUCGUUGGUAGAAGCGUCGACAAGACUGAGAAGGCGGCAAAGGAGAUCGCAUCUGUUCGAGAGGGAGCCAAAGUGAUAGGAAUCGGAGGCUGUGAUGUCCGGAAGGUUGACAGUCUUCAGGCUGCUGCUGAGCGAUGCGCCAAAGAGCUGGGAGGAAUUGACUUUGUCAUCGCCGGUGCGGCUGGCAAUUUUGUCGCCCCCAUAGAAGGACUAAGUUCCAAUGCCUUCAAAUCAGUAAUGGAUAUCGAUGUACUGGGAACCUUUAACACGGUCAAAGCUACCAUGCCUUAUCUUCUGCGUAGCUCUAACCCUCGCAUCAUCUACGUCUCUGCGACAUUUCACUACACAGGCAUGCCGCUCCAGGCACAUGUUUCUGCUGCCAAAGCAUCCGUGGACUCUCUCAUGGCCUCGGUCGCUCUCGAGUACGGACCAAGGGGCGUUCAGAGCAAUGUCAUCGCCCCGGGAGGCAUCGAAGGCACCGAAGGCCUAGCACGACUGGGAAGUGAUGCAGAGAGUGAAAAGAAGAGAUAUGCCAAGAGCAUCCCGAUGGGUCGCGCGGGCACCGUACGGGAUAUCGCAGAUGCGACAGUAUUCUUGUUCAGCGACGCCGGAAGCUAUGUUAGCGGACAGGUCCUGGCCGUGGACGGUGCUGCGUGGAGGCGUCAAGGAGCCCUGGGUGUGGGAACUGAGGCUGGUAUGGAGUAUCCUGAUUAUCUUCUCAAGGGAGAGUUUUCACAAAACUUGCGAGAUCCUCGAAAGACGACCAAGGCAAAGCUGUGA